CAAAAAAGUCAUUUCCGGUAACGGGUGCCACGCUUUCCUGACCGCAACAUGGAGGCGCCUAGUGCAGAUGAUGAACUGGUUUCCGGGGAAUUGGUGUCUGUGGCACAUGCUCUUUCUCUCCCUGCCGAGUCCUAUGGCAACGACCCAGACAUUGAAAUGGCUUGGGCCAUGAGGGCAAUGCAGCAUGCUGAAGUCUACUACAAGCUGAUCUCAUCGGUUGACCCACAGUUCCUGAAACUGACCAAAGUGGAUGACCAAAUCUAUUCUGAGUUUCGGAAAAAUUUUGAGAAACUCAGGAUAGAUGUGUUGGACCCAGAAGAACUCAAAUCAGAAUUAGCUAAAGAGAAAUGGAGACCAUUCUGCUUAAAGUUUGAUGGGAUUGUAGAAGACUUCAACUAUGGUACUUUGCUGCGACUGGAUUGUUCUCAGGGCUACACUGAGGAAAAUACCAUCUUUGCGCCCAGGAUACAAUUUUUUGCUAUUGAAAUUGCUCGGAACCGGGAAGGCUAUAACAAAGCAGUUUACACCAAUAUUCAGGACAAAGAAGAAGUAACCAACAGUGGAGAGGAAAAAAUAGUUGACAGUGGAGAAGAGAAAGGAGCCAACAGAGAAAGAGAAGAAGAGAAAGCUGAGAAGGAACGAGAAAAAUAGAAGACAACAAAGAAAUCAGAAAUGGUGAAACAGAUAUGUAAAGUAGAAGGAACACUCUAGAAGCUGAACCUACAAAUACGAUCCUGCUGUAUCGACAGACCCCCUAAGGUUAAAUGCAUGUUACUUGUGCAAUUGAGGGACGCGCAGAAGGACAUUUUUCUAGUCUAAUUAUCAGGAGCUACUCUCGUUCCAUUGUGUGAACUGGCUUAAAGACUUAAUGAGGUUUUAGCUGGUUGUUUCUUGGUAUAUUGUUUUCUGGUUCUCACUACUGGCCAAGUGGGAAAUUCUGUAAAUAAGUUUCUUUUGAUUCUUAUGAUGAUAUCGAAAAGUGACUUUUAGAAGUUAUUUAAAGUAUUUGACACUGCAUAUUUUUUCAGGUAUAUAAUCUCUUUGUCAUGUCUUAUAUAAAAUUAUAUGUCUGUUUACGAAUGCUUUACACUGCUGUUUUUGUAGUGAAGUUCUUUCAAACAUGUUAAAGUUGUAUGUGGUUUUGGGAUUAGAAGUCUUUAUUAUAAGAAUUGGCUUUUACCAUUUGUGUGACUGUAGCUUUCUGAUUUUCUUUGAUAGAGCAAAUAGAAGAUUUGAUAAAUAUGUAAAUACUCUGGGGAUAAAAGCAGCAUCUGAACCUGUCAGGUUCGUGAAUGUAGCUCCAUUCACAUUGGAGGAGAAGGAUACCUGCUUCUGUACUGGUAGCCAAGUUGUUACCUGAAAGCGAGCAGCAAUCAGUAAUUAAAUAUAAAGCCUGGUAGAGUGGUGUCCCUUUUGUGAUGCUGUGGAUAAAAAGCAUACAUUUGUACCUUGACACAAAAUCAACAGAUUUUUAAAUGCUUUUUUUCUUAAGUGUCAAAAAAAAAUCACUUAAAUUUAUAUGGAUAAAAGGGGGCUUCCUUCUUAUCUCUAGAACAUAUAAUAACUGCUCUUAAAAGUCUAAUCAUGGAAUUAUCAUGCAACAAAGGUUUUACCAGAGCAGAGAAAAUAGGAAAAUGAAAAAUGAGACUUUUCCCCUAUGGUGGACAUAGAAAAAUUAACCUAAUUGGUAAGUUGUCCCCUAGAUAAGAAGUGACCGAGAGAUGCACACAGCAACACCCAUGUCUUCAUGAAUUCUUUUUGGCCAGUUCUUUAAAAAUUUUAAAACAUUUGUUAGCAUUUCAGUUUUAUAAAAUAUGUUUUCAAAGGUUGGGAAAAGUGCUGAAAACUUCACACUAGGCAGGCUUUUUAAAAUUUAGAACUUCAGUUACUGUAUUAACUUUUCUACUUCAUACACUCUUAAAUAGCCGCAAACAUGUCAAUGCACAUUACUUGAGGGACUGGGGAGGAAUAAAGGCUACUGUCUACAUACAGCUGUGCCUCCAGUGACCUUUUUCAGGUUGCUCGCAAGCAGGAACACAGACUUCCUUUCUGACUGAUUUUACAGAGAACAAGAAACAUACCUUUAAGUCAGACUGUGUUAAAGCAAGGGGCAUCUCUAGGACUAGGGGAUAAAAACUGGGGAAAAAGAAUAAGGGCCUUUCUGGGUUAAGUCUCAGCACUAUGAAGCUGUCUGCAGGCACCACAGCAUGACUUCCAUCCUCCACCAGUGAUGUGA